UGCCAGGGAUGUUCACUCUGUCUGGAUGGGGUGGUGAACCUGCUCUGCUCAAACCCUCAGUGUCUUUGGGCUACAAUAGAGAAAGUGAAAUUGCCCAGUUUGAUGUUGCUGUAGUUCAGGAGGAAGGGUUGGGUUAAAGGCUUGAUGUGUUUUUACUGGUGUGAGAGGCGCUGCGCUUGCCAGUUUAAAGAGGAACCUGAGGACAGCAGGAGAUGAGGGACAUGAUGUGGAUUUAUGCCGCUAGUAUCCUCUUGUUGUCUGAAGUAUGGAGCAUGGAUCGAGGACCCAAUCAAAACUACACCUCUGCGAACACCAACGCUUCUUAUCCUAAAGUGGUCAGACACUUAACUUUCAAUCUGGGGAGCGAAGCUAACCUGACAUGCAGCAAUAAGACAUGGAAUGAGACGAUAUUUGUCACCUGGACUUUAACACUGAAAAAUAAGAAUAAAAUAUGUAGAAUAGCCUUUACCCCUGGAGACCCAAGCGACUACUGCAAUGAUGGCAAGUCACUCCAAAACACAUCCAGAGGUCAGUCAUACCUGCAUAUCCCAAACUUCUCAAAUGAUGACGUGGGGGACUACAGGUGUGAGUCAGUUUACAAUGGAGGAGUCGACGUUCAUAUGAUACACGUGAAUAUCACAGUCCCUCCUACUAUAUCAAUGUGGUUGGAGCAUAAGGACAACAAGAUGGUGGCAGUGUGCAGAGCUGCAGGAGGAAAACCUGCUGCCAACAUCAGCUGGAGUCACGCAGGAAACUCAUUGUCUGUGGAAAGUAACUCACAUGGAUUUUUAACAGUGGAAAGUCGCUUUGAGCUUCCUGAAGGAAUGGACACAGAAAACCUGAGCUGUGUUGUCAGGCACCAGUACUGGGAAGGGGAAAGGAUUGUAAAACUCCCAAAAGCAGUUUAUGUGCCUCGGCUGUUCAUCAUUGGUGGUGUGGUGAUCAUCGUGUUGUUGGCAGGAGUUUUAUUUUUUAUACAACAGAAACUAAUAUUAUUGAGGCGAUGCAAGAAGUCCGUAACCUCACCAUCCAAACCUCCACCGACAGAAGAUGUGGAGGAAGUGGAGCCCUACGCCAGCUAUGUUCAACGUGUGAACUCUAUCUAUAACUCCUCUGCAGAUUUGUUCACAUAAAAUCCUGCACAUGCAUCACAUGCACACUCUUAAAUGCACAUGUCUCUGUGAGAAAGUGCGAGGGCUGUGAAACUGAGAAGUGGUGAAAUAGUAAAGACAGAGGGGAAUGAGAUGAAAGACUUCCGAUAAGAGGGAAGCCUCUCAGUUUAAUUCUGCCCAAGCAAAACUCUUGCCUGAUGGAACAGGGGAUGUACCUGAUGGCACACACUGGCUCCAGUGCACAGCACUGCAGCCCACUACUCCCUGUGUGGGUGUCAUGGAGAACUUUAAUAAUGACUACAGAUGCAAUGAUUGCUGGACUGGAAAGAACACCGUCUUCAGCCAGGCACAACACUCCAAGACUACAGAACUUUUGAUGUGCUGCAAUUGUAUGAUUAUUGCUAUCAUUAAUAUUAUUAUAACACAUAUUUCUAGAUAAACUGUAAAGACAUGCUCACUGUUUAAUGGAUUCUUGCUGAAGUCAUCCCAGUAAAAGUCCCAUGUGUAAAACUGCCUCAAGAUAAUGUGGACAAUAUUAUGUAAAAUAUUCAUGUCUCAAUGCAGAAGUGUGUGACUGAGUGUAUUAAACACACAUCUGAA